AAAACAACUCUAGCUAAAGCCGUUUUCAACACUCCACAAUUUGAUAAUCAUUUUGACCAAAAAAUUUGGGUUUGCGUGGCUAAAGAAGUUGAAAUCAUGGAGCUCUUCAAAAUGAUUCUAGAAUCGUCAACCAAAAAAAAGGCUGAAGUGGAUAGUGGGAGGUAAUAGUCGAAGGAAUUGAAACUGAACUUAAGGAAAAAAGAUAUUUGCUUGUUCUUGACGAUUUGUGGAAUCAUCAAGAAGGAUUGUUGAAUGACUUUUUCACCACUUUGAAGGCACUCAAACCGAAGAAAGGGAGCUGGUGUCUUGUUACUUCUCGUCUCCAAGAAGCGGCAAUUGUUCUGUCUAGACAUCGGCGGAUCAAUUUUACUCGUCAUGACCUAAGAAAGCUAUACGAUGAUGACUGCUGGUCUAUCGUGAAAAAUUGGGCAACUGUAGGGGAAGAAGUGCCAAAAGAAUUGGAAGCCUUAAGGAAUCUAGUUUUAAGAAGAUGUGACGGUCUACCUCUGGCAGCAACGUUAAUCGGAGGUUUGUUAUCUAAAAAGAGAAAAGAGAAUUGGCAAUCUAUUUUGGAGGAGAGCCUCUUGAAUGGAGACCAGGGUGGGAUCGAGCAAAUACUUAAGGUUAGUUUUGAUCAUCUGUCACCUGCAGCGGUUAAGAAAUGUUUUGCAUAUUGCUCAAUUUUUGAUCAAGAUACUGAAUUGGAACAAGAUCUACUGGUUGAGCUUUGGAUGGCUGAAGGCUUUCUUCAACCGGAUUCCCAAAAUGAAAGAAUGAUGGAGACAAUAGGAUAUGAGUAUUUGAGAAUUUUGCUGCAAACUUCCUUAUUGGAAGAAGUAAACUAUGGGAGGAGAACAAGGUAUAAAAUGCAUGAUCUUGUGCAUGAUUUUGCAAAAUCAAUUUUGAAUCGUAACAGUAGCAAUCAGGACCGUUACCUUGCGGUAUACUCGCCCGAAAGAAUCAAUGAAAAAGCAUCAGCUUCGCUUCGCACAUUAUUUUUGAAGGGUGGCAUGGCUGAUGAUAUGUUAUCAAAGUUCAAAUACUUGCAUGUCCUCAAAUUGUUUAGAGCAGAUGUCAAAGAGUUGCCGACCUCCAUUGGCAAACUAAUACACUUACACUUACUUGACAUUUCAGAUUCUAUGAUUACAACUUUGCCAGAAUCUCUUUGCAAACUUUAUCGUUUGCAAACACUGAGAAUUGGCAACCUUGACGAAGGUUUUCCAAAGAAGAUGAGCAAUUUGAUUAGCAUGAGACAUCUUCACUAUUAUGGUUAUCAUAUAGGAUGGAAUAUCCAAAUGCCAUCCAGCAUUGGACGAUGGACUUGUCUUCAAACGUUGAAGUUGUUUAACAUAGGUCGUCGAGAGGAAGGUCGUGGUAUCCAAGAACUUGGGACCCUGCAAGAUCUUAAAGGCUCCUUGGAGAUCAGAAAUCUUGAAUUAGUAAAUGGCAAAGAUGAUGCUAAACUGGCGAACCUAUCUAGAAAGCCAAAUCUGUAUCGGUUGGUAUUUGAGUGGGGCAACAGGGAUCGAGAGAGUGAUAAAUGCGAUGGAGAUGUGUUGGAAGGUCUCAAACCUCACCCGAAUUUAAAAGAGUUACAUAUCCGAAAUUUUAGGGGAGAUCAGAGUCCACAAUGGUUUGUGGAAUCAUCAACAUUAGUGGAAUUGCACUUAAUAAAUUGCAGAGAACUCCCCACACUGGGACAACUGUCAUCCCUCCAACAUCUUGAUGUAUUGGAAAUCAGAGAGAAUUGCAAUGCUUUGCUGGUAGAAGAGGGUUUGAGCAAUGUAACCUCACUCUCGUCCCUUGACUUAAGGGGUGGUGGUCAAAUCAUAAGGUCUCUAAAUUUAGUGAAAGGACCAGAGAGCAGUUUGAGUAUUAGUGGCUGUAACAGUCUGCCCAGUGACUCUAUCUUUUUCCAAUUCUUCAAAGUGUAGAAUUGAGGGAUUGCCCUAAUAUAACAACAUUAAGAGGCAUGAGUUGCGCCGCUUGUCUUAAGAGAUUGGUAGUCUUCUUUUGUAAGAAUUUACGGGAGUUGCCAGAAGAUCUUUAUCAAUUUCAAGCUUUAGAGGACUUGAAUGUAAAGUAUUGCCCGGAAAUUGAAUCAUUUGGAUCAAAUCCUAAUAAAGGACAGAAAAGCCUCCUCAAGUCUCUUGUGAAAUUUUCUAUUGAUGGGUGCGAUGGAUUAAAAAGAUUACCGGUGGAAAUGUUCGAGUCGUGUACGUCUCUCCGAGUGCUAGAGUUGUUCAAUUGUCCCAAUCUGGUCUCCUUUCCCCUUGAUUUGCGACGAGCCCCUUCUCUCGAGACCUUCUGGUUAGACAACUGUCCCAACUUGAUUACUGAGAUGCCUAGUGGAUUUGGCUAUCUUACCAACUUAAGGGAAGUGGGGAUUGGUCCCUUCUCAAAUUUCUCUGUAGUGGAAUUUGAUUGGGCUGGAUUAGCAUCUUCAUUAACGCUCCGACACAUGUUUUUGUAUGGGAUGCAUGACACGAAAUCUCUGCCACAUCAGCUUCAAGACUUGACUAACAUCGCAUCACUAGUUCUAAGCGGCUUCGGAGCAAUUGAAGCCUUACCAGAUUGGCUUGGGAACCUUGCAUCUCUUGAACGCCUACGCUUAUCCAAAUGCCCAAAGCUUGAAUAUUUACCCUCCAUGGCUGCCAUGGAUCGCCUCAAAUUAAGACAUCUGGAAAUUCAUGCUUGUCCUCUAUUAACCCAAAGAUGCACUUCUCAAAGCAGCUCCGAGUGGCCCAAGAUCUCUAAUAUUCCAGAUUGUGAUAUUCGUUUAGAGUCAGCUCUCUGAGCCAUCCUGCAACAAGUGUUAGUGACACAGAAAGCAGUCAUAGUGCUGAAACAUUGCAGAAGGCUCAAAAGUGUGGUCAAUGCAGAGUCGGCCUAGAACCUCUAAAGCAUCUUAUUGCACUUUUCACAUUCUCCAACUGCAACAUUAGGCUGUGGUUUCCAAUCUUUUCGGAAGAAGAAUGAGGAGAAUUUGUUUAGGAAGCAGAAAUCAUGCUUUUUUGGACAAAGAACACCAAGGUUCCCAUGUUGUUCUUAUGAGAAUGUCAGGAGGGAGAAGUUAUUCUCACUUAUUAGCCAGGCUUUGAAGAUGGAAGAUAGUUAUCUGUGAUUUUCCCACCAGAAUGCUAUAUAUUGCUCGGAAUGUGGAAAUAAAGCUUGCUGAAAAUAGAGUGGCUUGUGCCAGGCUUGUAGAAAGUAGUAUGGGUGGAGAAGAAUUAGAGGGGAGCAUGGUAGCUGGUACUGGAGAGCCAUCAAGGUAGAAGACUUGCUUGAAGAAAACUGGACUUACUGAUACUUUAGUUCCAGAGGUGAGAAGAUUUGAUGGAAAGAAGUUAGACAUUGUAGACAGCAUUGACGAUCAUUUGGACGACAAAAACAAAGCAUGUGAUUGCAGUGUCAAUCAUUCAUUUGGGUGAAACAGCUAAAAGAUUUGGUGCUGCAAUUGCUGAUGCAAGAAUUGCUACGUCGUCAUUCAAAGGUUCCCGCUAUAUUUUGCAAGGCUUUUGUCAAUUGCACAACAGCUUAUACCUUUCCACUCAAGAACAAGAGAGACUCAUGGUACAACUGUGCUAACAGUUAGUCAUUCCAAGUAUUAGGCUCAGCGUUGAAUUUGUUUUAGUAAAAUAACAUAUCCUAAGUACUGUCAUGGUUCUUAACUAAUUAAUUAUUUUGACAUGUCUACUGCAAGAUAAAUAGUCACAAUCCAAAAAUUUGUAGUUUGAAUGAUCAAUAAACAGGUUUUGUUAUUGUAGCAUUCCAUCUUAUGUUGUAACAUGUAGGAAGCAGUGGUUUCCAAGAAAAAAUGUAUGCAUGGUGAUGUGGUAGAAAAUUGUUUUCUUAA